UAUCAACUCUGUAAAGGCGCAUGCUUUGGUCCGUACAUUAGUUUGUCAAGAACCUGGUUGUUGCAUGUGUUCUACAUAGCUUGAGUUCUGUUCGUUAUUGUAUUUUGAUUUUCGAAAUUUAACUCCAGAAACGUCAUGGGUGUGUCAUGUGGAAAUACAACUCGGCUCAUCUUUAUGCUAGUGCUUGUUAUAAUUUAUUUCCUGGUCGAGUUGGUCGUUGGAAUUUCUAUACAUUCUAUCUCUCUGGUCGCAGAUUCGUUUCACAUGUUAUCUGAUUGUCUUGCUUUGGUAAUUGGAAUCGUAGCAUCUCAGAUAGCCAAAUGGCCUCGGUCGUCUAGAAAUACUUUUGGAUGGCAGCGAGCUGAAGUGAUGGGCAGUUUGAUCAACACGGUCGUUUUAAUUACAUUAUGCAUGACUAUUCUUUUGAGGGCCAUUGAACGAUUUAUUGAGACUCAGGCAAUUGAAAGUCCUCAAAUGAUGGUAUAUGUUGGUUGUGGAGGUCUCCUGGUUAACAUCCUGGGACUUAUUGUUCUUGGCGGUCAUUCACAUGAGGGUUCGCAUGGCGGAAUCGAUUCGGCGGUGGACGCAUCACUAACACCAACAGCCUUCGGUACUACUUUGCCAUUAAAUAAUACUGAUGAAGCCUUUUUACAAGUUAAUUCGACACAGCCCAUUUCAGGAGUGAACAAUGUGUAUGAUAUAAUGGAUGGUAAUGCCCUACAACGUUUUACCGAUAAGGACCAACAGGAUAAUUUUGGGGCAUCACAACUUGAUACCAACCAACAAAAGGUUGCUAUUAAAAUCAAACAUAAUCACUCGAAAAAGUCACAUAAAAGCUCGAUGAACAUGCAAGCCGUAUUUCUUCAUGUGUUGGCUGAUUUCAUGGGUUCCGUUAUCGUAGUAGUCAGCGCACUUGUAUUAUUGUUAGUCCCCGGUGAGGUUUCCAAAGGUGAAGCAUUAUGGAAGUUGUAUAUUGAUCCAUCUAUGAGCAUACUCAUGGUUACCAUAAUCUUGAUUACUGCUAUACCCCUCAUGUAUAAAGCUACAUUAAUUUUACUACAAUCUGUUCCUAGUGAGAUUUGUUUAACAAAUCUUAAGACUCGUAUGGAAAAUAUUGAUGGAAUUCAUAAAAUUCAUGAUCUGCAUGUAUGGCGUUUACAAAGCAAUUGUAUUAUUGGUACUGUUCACAUUCGUUGCGUUAGCUUACAAACAAUGACGGACUAUUUAAGUAUUGCUCGUGAAGUGAAACAACUAUUCCACGAAUUCAAUAUACACUGUACAACAAUACAACCGGAAUUUGAAGAGGUAAUUUUCUAAAUUUUUCUUAAUACAUGUGACUUGUUUUGUCAUGCUUUUUCAAGGCAAGUAGCUGUUAUAAAGUUCAUAUAAAUGUUAAAAAACUGACUGGUUUUACAAAUUUCUAUCUGACAACGAAAUAACAUGUUUUUGUUGGUUAUAUUUUUUAAUAUUCUUGUAGCUCAUUAUUACUGUGGAUUUUACUUCCUAAACUUGUUUUAUUCAUUUUAUUAAUAAAAACCCAUAAAAAUCGUUUUAGUUGAAAUCAUAGAAGUGAUAAAAGUCAAAUGUCAAUUAUAAGUACUCAUCUUUCGUUCGUAAAAAUUUCUCAUGGAAUAUCGAUCGGUAAAUACUGCACAAAGAUACAUUGUACCCGACUGAUAACUGCUCACAUGAUCAGACUGUUGACCCAAUAAACUGAUACAAAAAGAUAAAACAAUUGGUCAGUAGAGUGGAUUUCGAUUCCAGCAAACUUACAUAAUACUAACUCUAAAUAUAAUUACAUGUAUUUCAAAACAUGGGCAGUUGUAAGGCACAUUUUUUAGCGAUCAUACCCAACUUAACUAUGAAACUGAAUUUUUACUUGUUAUAUCACUUACAUAAAUGAUGGCAAUAUAGGGUAUUCGUUUAUGGUUUGAUCCGGUUCUUGGGUAUGACUGUUUGCCUUACUAUGAUCAACAUUGAAGGAUCAAUGGCAAAUACAGAUUAUCGCACAUGUAUGUUGGAUUGUGGUCCAAACAAGAAUUGUCAAUCAGAUACUUGUUGUCCAGCAUCUAAUGUCACAGAAAUACAAUUCAUCUCAUCAAAUUUCAAUUCUGCAUCACAGAAUUCAUUCAAUUUACCACAAAACAACACUUCUAACACAUCUAAAAAUGAACAGGAUAAUUUACCCAAUAAUGACGUACACAUUAAUCUUUCAAAAACUUCUGGUAGUUGAUGUAAUUAACAUUUUUUUCUACAUACCAAUAAAUGUGUAAAUGUAUGAGAUAUUUUGCGUUGAUGUUUUAUUAUGUCACUUUGAUCUCAGUAAAACAAAAACCAGAUGUGAACAGUUCCCUUUGUUUAUUCUAAUUUUUUUUGAUCAGUCUGCUCAAAAUUCUUUCAACUGCAGCCAAUUCCUACAUUUGUAUACAUCCGCAUAUAUUCAUAAUAAUAAUAAUAAUAAUAA